CCUCCCCCUCGCCGAAUUUUGACCUCCUCAGAAGACCAAAGGUCCACUUCCCGAUCGACUCGUCUCGAGCAUUGGUUCUUUAUAAUCAGGCUCGCGCGCUUAUCGUUCUUCCUCCAUAAAGACAUUUCUUUACCUCACCUUCCCUGCGCUCCUCUUCCGCAGAGUUCCCGUACCAUCCGAACUCCGAACCUGUUAACAUCAUGGCCGACACUGUUGGAAAGACCAUCACUUGCAAGGCUGCCGUUGCAUGGGGCGCUGGCGAGCCUCUCUCGAUUGAGGAUGUCGAGGUUGCGCCUCCUAAGGCUCACGAAGUCCGUAUCAAGGUUCUGCACACUGGUGUUUGCCACACAGAUGCCUACACACUGUCUGGAAAGGACCCCGAGGGUGCUUUCCCCGUCAUUCUCGGACACGAGGGUGCUGGUAUUGUCGAGUCAGUAGGAGAGGGUGUCACCUCGGUGAAGCCCGGUGACUAUGUCAUUGCUCUUUACACGCCCGAAUGCCGUGAGUGCAAGUUCUGCAAGUCCGGCAAGACCAACCUCUGCGGCAAGAUCCGUGCCACACAGGGCAAGGGUGUGAUGCCGGACGGUACUUCGCGGUUCAAGGCCCGCGGCAAGGACCUGUUGCAUUUCAUGGGCACCUCCACCUUCUCCCAGUACACCGUUGUUGCUGAUAUCUCCGUUGUCGCUGUCACACCCAAGAUUCCUACUGACCGGUCCUGCCUGCUCGGUUGUGGUAUCACCACCGGCUACGGUGCGGCGGUUGUCACUGCCAAGGUUGAGGAGGGUUCGAAUGUGGCUGUCUUUGGUGCUGGCUGUGUCGGUCUUUCCGUCAUCCAGGGUGCUGUCAAGAACAAGGCGGGCAAGAUCAUUGCCGUCGAUGUCAACGACAGCAAGGAGGCGUGGGCUCGCAAGUUCGGUGCCACCGACUUUGUCAACCCCACCAAGCUCAACGGCAAGACCAUCCAGGAGCAGCUCAUUGAGAUGACCGAUGGUGGUUGUGACUACACCUUCGACUGCACAGGCAACGUCGGUGUUAUGCGCGCCGCCCUGGAAGCCUGCCACAAGGGAUGGGGCGAGAGUAUCGUCAUCGGUGUUGCUGCUGCUGGCCAGGAGAUUUCUACCAGACCAUUCCAACUCGUUACUGGCCGUGUAUGGAAAGGAUGCGCUUUCGGUGGCAUCAAAGGUCGUACACAGCUGCCCGCUCUGGUCGACGACUACCUGAACGGCCAGCUCAAGGUGGACGAGUUCAUCACCCACCGCGAGCCUCUCUCCAAGAUCAACACUGCCUUUGAGCAGAUGAAGCAGGGUGACUGCAUCCGCUGCGUUGUCGACAUGUCGUAGAGGGGGGUUCUUUUUUUUCUCCAUGUGUAAAAUCAGAUACAGACGAGCUGACGAUCUAUGGCGUAUCAAUAUACCAUUUCUCUAUUGC